CCUCAGGGCCGCAGAACAGGCUGGGAGCUGCCCUGGGACUCCGAUGCUUGCCCUGUGGCUCAGCAGCUGCUUCUCCGGAAGGUCUGCCCAGCAGGACCCACCCAAAGCCCCAAGCUGGAAACACGGCCCCAGAGGAUGGCAGCCUGGAUGUGGGCAGGGGACCCCAGCUGUGCAGCAGAGCAGCCAGGCUGUGUGGCUGAGAGCAGGGUGGAAGCCUGGGCAGCGUCCUCCUCCAGGAGCCUGGCAGGUCGCCCCUGCAGCACCCCACCUGUGUGGCCCUCCAGACCACGAGCUACGGGUCUCCUCACCAGUGUUAAAGCCGGAGUGUGGAGCCAUGUGUGUGUUCAAGGUGCUGGACAAGGCCUGGGAGCAGAGUCCUCACACCCCAGGCUGGGAAGCCAGCCCCCUCUCUGUCCACCUGCAUGCAUGUGGCUACUGGGUCGGCUGCCAGGAAGGGUGGUGUCCGGAGCUCUGGCGGAGCAGGCAGUGUCCACAGCAGGUGGCCCAUCUGGAGCUCUGUCCCAGCCUUUCCACCUCGCACCGGGGGCUUCAGACAGGCUGUCUGCACUGCAGAUGAGAGCAUUGUGAGAAAGAAAUCAGAGAGACAGCAGAAGCACCUCACUGUAUUUGCCAGUCACAUGACACCCGCACACCUGCCAGAUCCAUGGAGACGCAGACUAGAGGGAAAGACCGACAGCCGGGGCUGGGGAGCCCACGGCACCGUUACGUCUCUCAUAUACUUUUGAUGUGAGAGUAAAUCUGAUGUGAACAUUGGGACAAUUUGUUUGGCAACUUCCGCCAGUGCUGAGCAGAACUGCAUGCCAUAUCUGCAAACCGAGGCACGACGUCUGCUAAGUAUCAUACCGAAGGGCGUGUAGAUGUCUCAGGGUUCCCCACUCCUGACCCCACUUGGCACAGAAUUCAUGGGGAGCUGCUGGGUUUGUGUCCCAGACAUGUGGGGUUUGGGCUUCUCCUUAAACAUGCCAGACAAAUCUCCUCUUUUCAUGAGCAGAAAGGAAGUUUGACUGCACGUCCUCUGGAUACAGGGCUGCAGGUGCCACCUGGGCUGCAGGGAUGACCUUGUCAUCCUGUACAUGACCCCAGAUGAGGACAGGACCUGAGAAAGCUGGCAGUAAGCUGGGCCCGGUCCUGACCCCCUCCCCCUCUCCCUUCCUGAGACCCAGAGAAUCUGGCCCCACCCUUUUUGACGUGGCCUUCAGGAAGGGCAGGGCCUCCACCCACGGGCCCUGACAAGGGGGAUGAGGACCCAUGGGGCUGUUCUGGGGCCCACUUCUCAGGCUUUCCUUCAUCCUCGGUGGGACAUAUUGAUUUUUUGGGGCUUGGGAGUCAGAACUGCAUGCAAAUGGUAUUUUUCCCAGUCAGAUAUUACACAACACCCAGUGGUAUAGGAAUGAUCUUGGCUGGAGAUGGGGUGGCAGCCUGUCUUAGAGCAGCAUCUUGCGAGCACGCACACUACCUUCCUAAAGCUACAAAUUUCACGUAGCUUUGCCAUUGUUAGUGUGCAAACAUUCUGUUCCCUAAAUCCACCAAAUUGUGAGAAUUUCCAUCAUGUUUUAAAAAGGGCAUGUGCUGGCUUUUGAAAGCAAAAUCCCAGGGCGCAUAUUUGAGGCUGUGAUAGGUGCAGCCCACUGGGACCCUCUGCCAUGUCGGUGCCAUGUCUUCCUCUGAGUCGGCCUGCUCUCAGGCAGGCAUCUCCCUGAGGGGGCCGCUGAGGGGCCACCUACACCAGCAGGAUGCUUCUGCUGGUCACCCGGUCACUCUGCCUUCUACUUAAUGCACAAAGGACUCCCCUGUCCAGUUGGAUUUACUUACUAACAAAGCCUCCCCUUCUACUGCUCAGUCAGCCCAGAGCGCACAGCUGGCCUGCCCUGGUCCGUGUGAGCCGCCCAUCCAAGCCCAGUGAUGAGUGGCGGCUCCCGAGGGAAAAGGUAUGAAUGCAAGAUGUCUAUGACAUGCACAUCACAUCCAUGUCACACACAGGUUAAAUGAGCUGCAUCAGUGGUCGGCACUCUCCCAAGGGAUGGGCAGCCUGCAGAGCUGUCAUCUCAUUCUGACAUUCAUGCUGUAAUCCUCUAAUCAGCACCUUCGAAGUGCCUAUGAACUGUCUUUUGUUUUAAUACACUUUUUAUGUACAGAAAAAAGACACAGUCUCAAGCAUGCCUUUCAAUGAGAUGUCCCCAUGUGCACACCUUGGUGACACGUGCUAAUGACAUCCCAGUGUCACCAC